UGGACCGACGGGCUAGGCUUAAUUGCGAGUGGCCGCGUUGGAGUUUCAGUUGUCGGAGAGGACGGGCCCUAGGUGGGAGAGAUACGUUGCCUAAAGCAGAAUAGGGGAGAGUUCCACAGGUGGUGUGGUCUGGUUCACGCCGCAUGAAUUGAGAGACGGUUCGACUAAGCCCGUCCGUCAGAUUGAUGAGGGACGAAGGAUGGAUGGAUGGAUGCAUCGCCAUCGGAUGAUGCAGUAGCAGAUGCUCUAGCGCCAGAUUGCCUCUUUUCUGGAAGCUUGCCUAUGCAGGACAAUCACACAUCGUCAGCCCUCGGGGUCAACGCGCAGAUGCAUGGGGAGGAUUUAAGUUUCUUGAAUCCCAUGGUCUUUUUUUUUGGUCGCCACUGUUUCUCUUUUACCCUACUAGUGUACUUCCUAUGUAGUUUGAGGAGCUGCAGCUGCAGUACGACCAUUGUCGUCACAGCCGAAUUCGACCUUUUCUUCCGUCUUCCAUCGGAUAGGGGAACAGAGAAGGCAGAACAAGAUGAACUUGGUACUUACGGAGAGCAUCCGAUUACCAACCACCACCACUUUCACCUUCUUAGCACUAAAACAUCCAUCCCAACUCGGUAUAUAACGCGUAUUACUUUACUCCGUCAGUCACACACAUACUGCUGUGUACUACACCGCAUCACCAUCACCAUCACCGCAUUCUUCGUAUCCUGAUUUUCCCCGACACCACUACGGAGUACUAACCACCAAUAUGGAGCUACUCCAUACAAACUAGGCGUUUUUUCUCCAUACCAUAGCAGUCAUAGUGGCAACCACCAUGCCCCAUUUUCCACCUUCCCCCCUUCCCUUCCCUUCUCCUCUAGCCGGUUCCAUUUCCUGAUCGACAACCCCAAGAAUCGAUCCCGCCCAGAAAGCAAGACAGACAGACAGAGAACCUCAGUCUUAACUCUACGCAGAUAGUGCACGCUCAUCAUGAU